GGGACCCGUUACGAAAUGGACACGACAGGAGAUGCCGUUUUAGGGGCCUCAUGUCCUGAGUGCCCAGUGGACGGGCAGGCCCAGGCCCUGCAGAGCAUCUGGAGAGCACGUGCCCACCCAGACCCUCUGUGCCAGGACACAGGGCCAGUUCCCCUGGAAGGGCCUCUGGCCAGCAUGGGCUCCUGCAGCAAGCUGGAGCACCCAGCACCUCCAGCAGCCUACAGCCUCCAGCACCCCGAGGGGAGCCCCACCAGGUCCUGGGUGGCCUUUGCCAUCGAAGGGAUGAAGAUGGAAGCCCAAGCAAGGGGCAAGCCCACUGGACACCCCAGGGCUCGUCCGGCAAAACCUCAAGGCUGCCAGCGGCCCCCCAAGAUUCGUAACUACAACUCCAAGGAAUGAGCUCCUUGGCCGCCCUCCCUCCACUGCUCUCCCUCCCUCCCCUUCCCCACCCCCCACAUCCUCUCCCCGACCCUCACCUCUGCUUCUCCCCCCUCCUCCUCCCUGGUGCUGCCUCCCCUCUGCAGGGUCAGGGACAUAUGUGGCACGCCAGCACUCAGUGUGGGGGAGCAGUGAGCUCGGAGCAGCCUCCCGAGGGCUGCAGGGAGCCUCACGGACAGCCCGCCCGCAGAGCCGCGAAUGGCUCUGUUAACUUGGGGAGCACAGUAAAAGAUUCCUGGGCUUUGCACGGCGGCUCUCGCGGCCGGGUUUCCUACGAGCUGA